AUGGCCGGCGGCUCCAGGAGCAGGAGGCCAGCUGCUGCCCUCUCCCUCCUCCUCCUAGUGCUGGUGGCGCUCAUCACUGCCGGCAAGGCGAGCGCGGCCACGUUCCAGGUCACCAACCUCUGCCCCCUCACGGUGUGGCCAGCAGCCAUCCCGGCGGGGGGCGGCACACAGCUGGAGCCCGGCCAGACGUGGCUCUUCAAGGUGCCGGCGGGGACGGCUGGCAGGGUCUGGGGCCGCACUGCCUGCCGCUUCGCCCCCAGUGGCCAUGGGUGGUGCGCUUCCGGAGACUGCGCAGGCGCCCUGCGCUGCCAGCUCUCCGGCAAGCCCCCGGCGACGCUGGCCGAGUUCACCAUCGGCGGCGCGGCAGACUUCUAUGACCUCUCGGUGGUCGACGGCUUCAACCUGCCCAUAGACUUCAGGUGCGACGGCGAGGUCCACACGAUCCGGUGCAGGAACCCCGGCUGCCCCUACGCCAACCACCACCCCGGCGAGGGCAAGGUCCGGAGGUGCAAGGCCGACAGCGACUACCACGUCGUCUUCUGCCCAAAGUGA